CGAAUUGUUAAUUUUCCGUUAACUAGUUUUUGUAUGUACCUGCGUGGAACAGCGCGGCGUCCAGACCUGAAACCACUUGACCUCCCCGAUCUCACCUCGACAAAACGUCGCUUUCUCGUAUACGGCGCGAUGUGGCAACGCCGACUACACUUGACAUCGCCAGUCGCCUUACUAGUCAGUCUCGUCCGAACUUUACGAAAGUGAUGAACGCGAAUAUCGACCAAUGUCCGUGGUGAUUCGCGUAUGGAGCGACGAAAAUCCCACAAAACGACUUUUAAACCAGUGUUCCGUUGACAUGCGACAAAAAUUGACUAUUAACCCAAAGAUGCUGUCAGUGGUGAGCGCCGGCGUGACGGCGGCGGGCAUGGGUGGCGGCAUGGACCGGCUCGGGGGUGGCGGUGGGGGCCCCGGGUCCGGCGCCAGGGAGUUGACAGCAGCGGCGGCGACCAGGGAGCAUCGCCAGAUGAGGCUGCACUCCGUCGACACGCAUACCGAUAUUACAAUUAAUUUACCGCCUAGUAUAGAAAUGCCUGACGGCGAAGAGCAUCCCUUCACGUCAUCGAGGUUGCAUAUACGAGAUGCAGAACAGGAAUCCGAGAUCUACCAGAAGUGCAUCCGACCUCCGCCGAACCGCACAGUUUUAGAAAGCGAAUCGCCGCCACCCUACAGAUCCUGUUCGGCGGGCAUGCUGUCCACCUCCUCGUCGUCGUCGGGGAGCAGCGACUGGUCGACCUCGUCCCCCACCAACCCCCUAGUAGUCAGGUGUCACUCCAUGUCAUCGACGUCUUCGAAAUCUUCCCUCAACACCACAUCCACCGCCGCCACCACGCCCGCCAUUCAAAAGACUGAUUUUUUACAAAGGACUGUUAAAAUAUUCACGGGAGGCGGCAAAAAAACUGUUUACCAACAACCGCCGCCCGCACCCGCGUUGCCCGUAGUGAUCGUGCCGACGGUGAUGAAGAUUCACAGAGGGGCGGGUGGUGAACAUCGCUCCAAACAUCAUCACGAUGUUUGACCUUACGUCCCCUCUUAGCUGAUGACUUUUUGUGUGAAUUCAUGUUUUUGAUUCCAUUUGUUUUUAGCGCCACGUGUCCCAACGGGGGUUUUGUGAAUUUGUUUGACAGUUCGAG